AUGCGGUUCAAUCAAAAGAACGGGGGUACAAAUAAUGAACCGAUUCGGGUUUUAUCGCCGCUAAGCUCUUGCCUCCCGUCGCAGCAUCUCCGUCAGCCGUCGUCAUCAACAGUAAGGAUGGAUUCAGCGAUUAAGCACGCCGUGGUGGUGAAGGUGAUGGGAAGGACCGGAUCGAGGGGUCAGGUGACGCAGGUGCGAGUGAAGUUCACAGACUCUGACCGUUUCAUCAUGAGAAAUGUUAAAGGACCAGUGAGAGAAGGCGACAUUCUCACCUUGCUCGAGUCUGAGAGAGAAGCCAGGAGACUUCGUUGA